AACCUAUCAGCCCGCUCUAAAUAAUGUUCUAACACCCUCAAAUAUCAGACCAAGGCUUUUGUUCUCAGCGUCUUUCACGAACUGUUAUCUUUCCUUUUUCGUCAGCCCCCAGCAUCCCACUUCGUCUUGACUAAUACGUACUCGACCUUGUAUGCUUGUCUCCCAACAUUCAGCUUGUACACUGAUUCUUUUGAAUGGAAAUAAGAAUUAACGGUACCCAGUUAUGUUUCAAGGCGGUUAUUACGAGGACAAUGACCCCAUGGAUGGAGUGUUCCAUCCAGGGCUUAUGCGGCGCGCUGGGCAUGCAGCUCGUCGGUUUGAUGAAUACUAUCGAUGCUACCCCGUAGCUAUGAUGCCGGGCCCAGAACGAGAAGCUGCAAAUCACGGAGGGAAGGUAUUUAUGCCAGCGAGCGCCCUGGAUAAACUUACACGACUCCAUAUUACCUAUCCUAUGCUUUUUGAAGUUCAUAACGGCGCGAAGCAGAGAAUGACACAUGCUGGAGUGUUAGAAUUUAUUGCAGAAGAAGGAAAAAUUUACUUGCCAUUUUGGAUGAUGCAAACCCUACUGCUGGAGCCAGGAGAUUUACUACAAAUAAAGUCGACAGAUUUGCCACUAGGACGCCUUAUAAAACUGCAAGCUCAAUCCACUUCGUUCCUAGAUAUCAGCGAUCCUAAAGCCGUCCUCGAAAACGCAUUCCGCAACUUCUCAUGCUUAACUAAGGGUGAUGUUUUCACAUUUUCCUACAAUGAUCAGACAUACGAGAUGGCCGUGCUGGAAACUAAGCCAGAGAACCCUGAAAACGCUAUCUCGGUGCUCGAGACAGACCUGGAAGUGGAUUUUGCGCCCCCGCUUGGCUAUGAGGAACCCAAACGGCCCAGCGGCACAAGUACGCCGUCUAGCAUGACUAGUGCCGGUCUACCACUCGGUGGUAUGCUUCAUCCACAUGGUACGAUGGCGCAGUCAAUCAAUUAUGCCGCUAUCGCACCGGAGUCAACAGACGCAGCUCGAGGAGCAAAGGCCGUAUCCUCUAACUUCCUACAUGGUGGACAGCGUCUCAAUGCAAAAAAGGGCAGCAAGCAGCCUACGCCCAAAGCAUCUACCCCAGUCUCAGGUGUAUCCACAAACGCGCAGCCCCCCGCCCCUGUGCGCCGAACGAAUGGCCCUCAACCACUUCGAUUACCACCAGGGAAGCUCUUUUUCGGUUAUGCUAUAAAGCCCGUUCAAAAGAGCAAUGAAAACGGGCAAAAGGAAGGAGAAAAGCAUACGAGUUUCUUAGGGGCCGGGCAAUCAUUGCGAGGGUCGAAGAAAAAGUAAUAGCUGAUUUUUGAACUUACAAACAUUUAAGCGUUGAAAUUAGGCCCAGAUGGAACCUGGCGUAAUCCAGAAAUAUAUGGACAAAUUGCGACUGAGCAGUGAAAAUGAGAUAUGAAGUUUAGCGGGGAGCCAUGUAGGCAUGGGAGCCUUACCAAGUCCAAUGAAGUACUGUUUCGGAUGUCACGGUCCAGCAGUCGAUAAACUGGCUAUUGGAACAAUAAUUUUUCUGCUUCUUUCUUAAUAGAUCGCCUAGGUAGGCAAAAAGGCCAACCACACAGGGGAUGAAUUUAAUUAUCCCUAACUUGGAA